CCGGCCGGGCCAGAAUGAUUGCCUGUGGAGUGCAGCACUGCUGUGCUGGCAGAGUCCAGGAGCUUUUACUGAAAUUCAAGAUUUCUCUAGCUAUCAUUUUACUUCACGUGUUUCUGGCUACCUCGGACAUACCUCAGGAUGGUUUCCUAGGACAAUACAGAGCUGUUUUUAAGACUGCAUGUGAAGAUGCUUGGUCUCUGUCACCAGGAAUUCAUGUGCCUGCCCUGAAAGAAUUCACAGUCUGUGUGUACCUUAAGCUAGUGACUUCUAGUAAUCCCUGGACUGCUUUUGUAUACAAUAGAAAAAGACCUGGUAGCACCACUUCUGCAAAUAGCUAUGAACUUGGACUUACAGGAGAUCAUGACAAAUUGACAGUUUGGAUGUUUGGCACCCAAAUAAACUUAAAGGAGAAACUUAAUGUGGACACUUGGUACCAAGUGUGCAUAGAGUGGAGAAGUAAAGACAAGGAGAUGAAACUAUUUAUAAAUGGAACAAAAAAAAGAAGCCAAAAACUGUUAAAAGAAGACCUUAUUGCAGAUGGGCAGAUUUUACUUGGCUGUUCACAAUCAUCAGCCACAUCUUCAGCCAUGGGUAUGGUUGGUGAGCUGUACAUGUUCAGAAUGUGGAAUGAAGCAAAUAAAAUAUCUGGCUGCACAGAUGGUAAUAUUAUAGGCUGGAGAAAGAAAAAUUGGGUCUAUAAUCACACAUUAGAAGAGAGCAACACUUUGCCAUGUGCAAAUGAUGUAACUUCCAGAUCAUCAGUUGAAAAAUCUUCAGAAACCAUAUCUGAUGCAACUUCAUUAGAAAAGACAAGCACUUCAGAAUCCUCUAUUGUUACUUUUAUCACCUACCCCAUUAAUGCUUCAGCUACAAGUUCAGAUACAAGCACUGCAGCCAGGACUUUAAGUGUGUUGCCAAAGCCAAACCAUACAGAAACUACUAAUAUCCCUGAAUUUAACUUCUCCACAACAGUAGAAUCCUCUAUCGUUACUUUUAUCACCUACCCCAUUAAUGCUUCAGAUACAACUUCACUAGAAAGAACGAGUGCUGAAGAUAGAACUUUAAGUGUAUGGCCGGAGCCAAACCAGACACAAACUUCUAAUAUCCCUGAAUUUAGCUUUUCCACAACAGCAGGGAAAUUAUCUGCAAAUAUAACCUUCAAUGCAACUGACAGUGUUACUCUACCAACUACUGCCAUUACGAAUGGUAUAAGUUGUUGUAAAAAUGAAACAAAACUAUCUGGUAACAACUUACAUAAUUUAUCAGCCAUCUGUAAUAAUUCAGUUUUCUACAUGGGCUAUGUAAAAUUUCAGUACAAUGAAAAAAGCAAUAAUACUUCAAUUGAUGAUGUAACCAGCAGCAAUAAAGUCACAAAAUUAAUUCCAUUUAUAACACCUACUCUACAAGAAUCAAAAAUUUCAGAAUUCAACAAAACAUUGCAGGAACUAAGUGAGUCUUCUGUUAUGGAGUGUGCUGCAGAAAACCAAAGUAUAUCAGUCUGUAAGUUUAUAGUAAAGCUGGCCAAGACUGUUAAUAUAAGCAGUUUAAUAGCACGUGUAAAAGACAGAGCAGAUAUACGCCAAAUUGACCUGUGCUUCUGUUCAGCUCUGCAAUCUUGGCCCUCAACUGCUGAAGAGUUACAACUAUUGCCAUGUUAUGGACAAGUCACAGUUGUAUGCGAUGCCCCUACCAAACUUGGCCCUUCAGCUUCUCCUACUGCUUCUUCCAGUAAAACUUCUAUUGACAAACCUCCUCAUAAUAUUCAUCCCCCCAAACAUACCACUGUUUUUUCUCCUCCUCUUUCAACCAGACCUAACACUACAAAUCAUCUUUUGACCAAACCUAUUGCUACGCAUUCCACCACACCUACUACAAUUUCCCCUGCUACUCCUUCUCCUACACACACCACUACAAUUCCCCCUGCUACAUCUUCUCCUACAAGUACCGUUAGAAUUCCUAUGCCUUUCACCAAACAUUUCACUACAUCUCUCACCAAAUCUACCACAAUUUCUCUUCCUACAUCUCCAACCAAACCUGCUACUGUAGUUCCUUCUGCCAUUCCUUCAACCAAACCUAUAAAUGUGUCUUCUGCUCCUUCCACUGAACCUACCAUCCUCUCUCCUCCUGGUAUUCAUUCGACCACUGAUAGCCAAGCUACCGGGGCCAACGGUACAACAGGAAACAUUUUGGAUAAUCUGUCAAAUAUCACACAUACCACGAUUAAUCCCUCUGAAGUUGAGAGCAUAAUAUCCAAAAUGGAAAGUGCUCUGUCAGCCCAGAAAAUAGAGCCAAAAGUUGCAAAAGAGAUGGUCAACACAAUUAGCGAUCUCCUAAAUGCUCCAUUACAAUCCUCAAUGUCUAAAAGAAUAAUAAAAAUAGUGGAUGCCAUUGGCUUAAAACUGAACUUUUCAACAGAAUCCAUUAAUUUUACCUCCCCGGCCUUGGCUCUAGCAGUCACCAAAGUCCACAGCAGCAACUUCAGCAAAAUGUCAUUCGCUGUCCAAGAUUCAUCAGAUCUUCAGAUUGCUCUAGGGACCCAAGCACCUAUAAAUAGUGUUGGAGCUAUUGCACUGCCUUCCUCAUUGCUGACAAACUUGUCUUCUGAAGAUAUGCCUCUGGCUUCUAGAAUUAUAUUCAACUUUUUUGAAAAGACAACUCCAUUUCAGGAUUCGUCACUCGAGAAUCUCUCUCUAAUCAGUAAUGUCAUAUCAUCAAGUGUAGCUAACCUCACGCUUAGCGACUUGAAGGCAAAUGUUACUGUCACUCUACAGAACACCAGGCCUAUUCAGGAUAAUUUAACAGUUAGAUGUGCAUUUUGGGACUUCAAUAAAAAUGGUGGCAAAGGAGGCUGGUCAUAUGAAGGAUGCAUGGUUAAAGAAAGGAGAGCAAAUGAAACCGUUUGUACAUGCAACCACCUCACAAGUUUUGGAGUUUUGCUGGACCUGUCCAGAAAUUCUCCUUUAUCACCCAUCCAGACACUGGUUCUGACUUUUAUCACCUAUAUAGGCUGUGGCAUUUCUGCAAUUUUUCUUUCUGUUACUCUUGUAACCUACAUAGCCUUUGAGAAAAUCCGGAGAGACUACCCUUCCAAAAUCCUUAUUCAACUGUGUGCUGCAUUACUUCUACUCAACCUAGUUUUCCUCCUUGAUUCAUGGAUUGCUCUGUAUAACAUACGAGGCCUGUGCAUCACAGUUGCUGUAUUUCUUCAUUAUUUCCUCUUGGUUUCCUUCACUUGGAUGGGCCUUGAAGCAUUCCACAUGUAUCUUGCCCUUGUCAAAGUGUUUAAUACCUAUGUACGGAAAUACAUCCUUAAGUUUUGUAUCGUUGGCUGGGGUGUACCACUUGUAGUGGUAGGCAUUGUAUUGGCUAUAACACCAAAUAACUAUGGGCUUGGAUCAUAUGGAAAGUUUCCUAAUGGCUCACCAGAUGAAUUCUGCUGGAUCAACAAUAACAUUGCCUUCUAUAUUACUGUCGUGGGAUACUUCUGCAUGAUAUUCCUGUUGAACGUUGGCAUGUUUAUAGUGGUGCUGAUUCAGCUUUGUCGAAUCAAAAAGAAGAAACAACUUGGAACUCAGAGAAAAACCAGUAUUCAAGACCUCAGAAGUGUGGCAGGCCUCACAUUCUUAUUGGGAAUUACUUGGGGAUUUGCCUUUUUUGCAUGGGGGCCAGUAAAUCUGAUAUUUAUGUACCUCUUUGCCAUCUUUAACACGUUACAAGGAUUCUUCAUUUUUAUCUUCUACUGUGUAGCAAAGGAAAAUGUCCGCAAACAGUGGAGACGAUAUCUGUGUUGUGGAAAAUUCAGGCUGGCUGAAAAUUCUGAUUGGAGUAGAACUGCUACUAAUGGUUUAAAGAAGCAGACUGUAAACCAAGGAGUAUCCAGUUCUUCCAAUUCCUUACAAUCAAACAGUAACUCUACUAAUUCCACCACACUGCUAAUGAAUAAUGAUUAUUCAGUACACGCAAAUGGGAAUGGUAAUGUCUCCAGUGAGAAGAACAGUGUUUCUUUCAACGUACAGAAUGGCGAUGUGUGUCUUCAUGACUUUUCAGGAAAACAGCUCGUAUUUCAUGAGAAGGAUGAUGCAGACCACAAAAAAACCCGUGUCUCACUCCGAAGGACUUCAAAGAGGGGAAGCCUACAUUUUAUUAAGCAAAUGUGAUUUUUUUUCAAAGCACAUUGUUUUACAGUGUAAAACACAGAUUUUUACUUUAACUAUUUUACAUAAUGUGAGAAGACCAGAAACUUAUCCUUGUUUUAUAGACGGUACUGGAGCCUUGAGGCAGUCAUGUACUGGGUUGAUAAUGAGAGUUAUAAUUGUUUAAAAAGUCAUUGCUACUAUUUGACAAGGUACUUCAGAUACUACAUCACAAUUGGCACAAUUUCCAAUUUGAUUUUCCAUUUCCCCCCCCCCCAAGGUUUAAAGGAAGGUUUGGUUUUAGACUCUUAUUUUCUCGGUAUAACUACAAUUUGUAUAUCUGAAUACAAUACAUAGUAUUGUAAAUGUAGGUAACUACAAGUUACACUUAAACAAGAUUCUAAAUUAUCUUUCAA